GCGCUGCAUCUUCCCUGCCGCCGCCCGCCGCCCGGCUGCACCCAGCAUGUAAACAGUCCCCAACGGGAGGUGCCCAGGGACCGGGAGGGAGAGGAGCUGCCCGGCCCGAGGCUGCGCCCGGCCCGCUGCCCGCCUGGAGAGCCAGCGCCGCCCGCGCCCGGGAGGAGGGCGCUGGAGCAGGAAGGGAGGGAGAGGGGCGGAGGGAGGGAGGCAGGCAGCGAGCGCGGAGCUGAGGCAGCGCGGGCGCGGCGGCGAGGAUGGAUUUCCAGCAGCUGGCUGACGUUGCGGAUAAAUGGUGCUCCAACACACCCUUCGAUCUUAUCGCCACCGAGGAGACCGAGCGCAGGAUGGAUUUCUACGCUGACCCUGGCGUCUCCUUCUACGUGCUGUGUCCGGACAACGGCUGCGGGGACAAUUUUCACGUGUGGAGUGAGAGCGAGGACUGCCUGCCUUUCUUGCAGCUAGCGCAGGAUUACAUCUCCUCCUGCGGCAAGAAGACGCUCCAGGAAGUCUUGGAAAAAGUCUUCAAGUCUUUCAGACCCUUACUGGGGCUUCCGGAUGCAGAUGACGACGCAUUUGAAGAGUACAGUGCGGACGUGGAAGAGGAGGAGCCAGAGGCAGACCACCCCCAGAUGGGGGUCAGUCAGCAGUAAACCUCUGAGUGCUUGUACCUGAGGGAAGAGUGAACCCUGCGGUGCCCUAGUUGGGGUCGUGUGCUCUGGGGUUAGCAUUUUGCGUUAGCACUUCAAAACAGGAUGUCUGACUCCUGGCAUCCAAAUUAAAAUGAAAUACCUUCUUAAUGACCACGAAAUAUCUGUGAUGAGCUUUGCUCACAAGUGACCUGAAUUUCACUCCUGCUUCAGUGGGGUUUCUAUGGAGUUGUCUCGGUGGCCUUUGCCAUUUUAAAUUUAGGGUCCAUUUUGUGGCUGACUAUUCUCUCUUGAGUUUAUGUUGGAGAAUUUACAUUCACUGACUUGAAUGUAGAGAACUCUGAAUGUACCAAGGAUAUGUUUUGAGUCCUCACAGGUAACCUUACUGAGGGAAAGCAUGGCAGAAAAGAAGCAGUCUGCACUUUUUAUGUACCUUUUAAGUGUCCAUAAGUGAAAGAUUUUGCUUAAAAAGCAUGAGUUUUAAUAUGUAGUCAUUAAACUGCACAAGUGCAAAUACAAGGACAGAAAAGGAUAAUCACUUAGUUUUGGAUUAAGAGGGUUAGAGAGGCUGAGAAGCCUUUAUUCAAGUGUUCUGCCUAAAUUACUAAAUUACCUGGAAAUGUAGCAGCUGGUUCAUGGUUAAGUGUAAACAUUACCUACAUGUUCAAUUAUUUCAAAACAUGCUAAGUCCAAAGCUACUUUAAAAGUUUAAUCAUGGAAAAUAUAAAUGGGGUGAAAGACAAAUUAUUUCUUUAAAAUGUUUAUAAACCAUCCCUCAUAUGAAGUGAAACUUUCACCUUCUCACUUUGUAAUGAGAUGGCAACUUGUUAAAUCAUGAAAGCAUCCAAAAUCUAAGUGCCACUUAAAUUUUGAAGCCAUAGAUAAAUUUAAUAGGAAAAUAAACUAGGAUAAUUUUAAAAAAUAUGUAUGAUGGAAUCCUUCUUUACUUUCUUCAUCUCUUUUAUUCUUUUAAAAAAAAGGAAAGGAUCCCAUUGUAUAAUUUAUUAAAAAAUUGUAAUCAAGUGCUUCAAAGAACCUAAUUUCUGUGAAGUUUUAAAGCGAUACGAAAGUAGGAAUCCUUUAUUGUAGGUUAGCUUGGUUAAAAGGAGAAUUUUUAAUCAAAAUACUCAGACAACUCACAGAAACAACUGCUGUAAUAGCUGGAAACACCACUGUCAUCAUCCAGCCUUCCAGUUCUUACCAGGGAGAUUCUAAUGCUAAAAUGGAAUUAUCUGGAAACAUUCAUUUUGUUGGACCCUUUCCCAUCUCUGGUCCUAAUAACGUAGGAUGCAGAAUGCCUUUUUUACAACCCUUGACUAGCAUCUGGGGUGGGGAUGUGUUAACAUGCACACACGUGCCUGUUAGAUUGUCAGAGCUUUGAAUUAAGGGGAGGAAAACAGCAGAGGGCACAGAGCGAAUGGGAGUCUUGUAUAUCUUCCAGGCAUGUCAGUGUAAACCUGAUUGUCACCCCCAUUUUCUGUUUUAAUUGAUUGGUGCUGUGAGGCGUGCAGCGACUCGUGGUAAAACAGUGUCCGCGGUUUUAAGUCAUCGGGUACAGUAAUAUAGUGGUUUCCAUCCGUGCUUCAUUACCCACGUUUGUUCUAUUCCUGAGAAAACAUAUUAAAGGUUGAUUUCUAGUGAAAUGAAUUUCCUUCGGCGUAGCCUAUUAACAAAGCAAAACUUAGUGUUUCAUCCAGUGGGGUGAGCGUAUUCUGCUUUGCUGCCUUGCCUGUAUUUUAACUGGCUCUCUUCUUGAGCAGAAAAGAGUGUGAGCUGUAAAUUAUGUAGAUAUCACCCAGGUGUGGUAACCUCCAUUUAAACACAAUAGGCUGGAAGAAUGACUCCUGCAACUGAAAUUAAGAAACUUGACUAGCUUGCUCCAUUUGAAGGUAAACUGGAAUUUUAUACAUGGGGGCUUAAAAUUUAAAUUUACAUGUGUUUGAAAAUGGAAUGGACAUUAAUAUAAAAUGUAUUUUAUCAAAAAAGUGUUUAGACUUUGACCAAAUACAUUUCUGUAUUAUUAUGUUAAUAUUCUCUGUUUAUAAAAAUCAAAAUCGAGCUGAGAGAGACUCAGCCAUUCAGUGGGCUGAUAAGAAUUCUGGUCUUUGUUCUGCCCCAGGGGUAAGGGAUAAAACCGCUGUAUUUAUUUUCAUGGCAAAACUCCAAAAGGCAUUAGCAAAUCCAGAUUGUUUCCUCUAAAAUGUGCUUUUUCUCUGAUUGUGUGCACAUCCCUCCCAGUACUCCCACUGCACACACUCACACUCUGACACCACACACACAACACAUACACUCACACAAAUUCACUCUCACACACAAAUUCACAUAAACAUACUUCACACACUCAUACACACAUAUUCACCCACACAGGUAUUCAUAUUCACACUCACACCUCACACACUCAUUUACUCACUGUCAUACAUAAUCUCUCACACACAUUCACACACACAUACUCCUACCCGCGCUGUGGGUACUCUGAUAGAGUCGUGCAUCACGAGCGCUUGGAAAAUAUGAAGCUUCACCUGGUCAGUGAGGUCAGGCAACCUGUGUUUUGUCAUGGAAACGGUUCCGUGGCUAGACAGGCUCCUGACCUUUCAUGAACCUAUAAACACACUUACUGGGAGGCAGCAUGGUGUAUUGGAAGGAGCAUUGAACUGGGAGUUAGUUGAGAGACCUGGGUUCUAGUCUGGACUCUGCCAUUGACUGCGUGACCUUGGACAAGUCACUCAAGUACCCUGUGAAGCAAGGGGUGUCUGCCCUUCCAGCUUUAACACUGUACUUCUCUAACUGCCUUAUGAUAUGUGUGUGUAUAAAGAGCAACAGUCAAGGAAACUUUUAGCGGUAUGAGAUGAGAAGACGUUUUAAACCUUGCCAACAUGCUGUCCUUAGGGUCCCGGGCACAGGACAGCUACCUUAGAACAUGUUUCCAUUGGUUCGUUAGUGUCCACAUGCCCUUGUGCAUGAUCCUGUGGGGCUGGAGAAAUUUUGUUCCUUAGAUGGAGGGUAAAGUAAAGGAAAACAUCCUUGUCCAGUUGUACAUGCUCUGCCUAUGGUAGGUAUAGGUUUCUUGUAUGCCUUGACAGAUUGGAGCUUUGGAAGAGGUCUAAGUUUAACAUAACCAAAAGAGGAGGUUUUACAGGAAGAAUAGCUGGAAGAGAGUGAAAGACAAGUCCUUGCACUUUUUUUUGCCAUGUCAUCCAGUAAAGAGAAAGUGAGAG